GUCCCGGCACUGUGCUCGCGCCCCUAGCGCGCCAGUCCCCGGGCUGCAGGGAGCGCAGCGCGCGCGGCCCGGGCUCCGGCCACCGGACGCUCUACCGGACACGACCCUCCUUGGAGCUUGGACAACUGCCCACCUCGGACACUGCACCGGACACUGCCCCCCACAGGGCUGGACACUACAACGGACACUACUUCCCAGCUCCGGACAUUGCUCCCUCUCCCCCACCCCCAGCCCUGGACGCUUCCCCUCCUCCCCCUCCGGGGGCCCAGACUCCGAGCCCCCUGCAGGCUCCAGCUAGCGACCCUUUGCACCCCAGCGCCAGACACCACCUCCUCCCAGUGCCCCACUCCCUUUCCCUCCUCCCGCCUCAUCUUUCUCCUGCUCUGGUCGGAGCCCCGCCAGUUUCUCCGACCCCCUGCAGCUCGGCCUCGGCUGCCCGCGCCCCCAUCCCGCGGCUGCUCGCCCGGAUGCCUCUCCCCGGGGGAUUGUGGUGGCUCCUCUGCUGCCGUCGAGGCUUUACUCUUCUGCACCGGGACUACGGGGACGGCGAGCUUAGCGGGGACGGGGACGAAGACGAGGACGAGGAGACCUUUGAGCUACGGACCCCGAGUCCAGCGGGCGGCGGGAGGGGCCCCCUAGAUGUGACGCUGACUCAGCCUAUGCGGAGUGGGCCAGUUUCAGACAGGCUGCAAAGCUGGGAGGAGACGCGGAGCCUCAUCCCGGAGAAGGGGCCGUCUGAAGACGACCCAGAUGUCGUCGUGAAAGGUUGGCUGUACCGCGAGCCCCGAGGAGGAGGGGCGCGGCCCUGGUUGCCCCCGCGCCGAGCCUGGUUCGUGCUCACGCGGGACUCCCUGGACCAGUUCAGCAGCAGCGGGAAGGGGGCGAGGCGGCUCGGGAGCCUCGUGCUUACCAGCCUGUGCUCGGUGUCCGGCCCUGAGCGCAGGCCCAAGGAGACUGGUCUGUGGUCAGUGACCGUGUCUGGCCGGAAGCACAGCGUUCGGCUCUGCUCGCCUCGCCAGUCGGAGGCAGAGCGCUGGGGGGUGGCGCUGCGGGAGGUGAUCGCCUCCAAGGCGCCUCUGGAGACCCCCACCCAGCUGCUGCUCAGGGACAUUCAGGAGAGUCGUGGGGACCCAGAAGCCGUGGCCCUUAUUUACAGAAGAAACCCGAUUCUGAGGCACACCAGUGGAGCCCUGUAUGCCCCACUCCUGCCUCUGCCGUACGGAGUCAGUACCCCAGGUCCCGGCUACGCGCCCUUGCGCGAGGAGGCCGUGAGGCUGUUCCUGGCGCUGCAGGCCCUGGAGGGGGCGCGGCGCCCCGGGCCCCUGAUGCAGGGUGUGCUCCAGACCUGCCGGGACUUGCCCGCGCUCCGAGACGAACUCUUCCUGCAGCUGGCUAAGCAGACCUCGGGCCCCGCGGGGCCCCCCGGGCCGCCAGCUACCCAAGACCCCGCGACCCUGCGGUACUGGCAGCUCCUCACUUGCAUGAGCUGCACUUUCCGGCCGGGGGGAGCCGUACGGGGACACCUCCUUGGGCAUCUGGAGAGGACUGAACAGGCGCUCCCGGACUCGGAACUGGCGGAAUAUGCGCGCUUCAUACGGAGAGCGCUGGGCCGGACGCGCGGCCGGGAGCUAGUGCCAUCGCUGGCCGAGAUUUCCGCGCUGAGCCGACGGCAGGAGUUGUUGUGCACCGUGCACUGCCCGGGGGCUGGUGCCUGCCCUGUGGCCAUAGACUCUCACACCACGGCGGGAGAGGUGGCUCGAGAGCUGGUGGGGCGGCUGGGCUUGACCCGGAGCCGUAAUACAUUCGCGCUGUACGAGCAGCGAGGGGCGCAGGAGCGAGCCCUGGCCGGGGGGACUCUCGUGGCCGACGUGCUCACCAGGUUUGAGAACUUGGCGGCGGAGGAAGCCGGGCUGGAGGACCCGCCGGACACCGGUUGGAGACUGUGUCUGCGUCUUCACGGACCUCUGCACCCUGAGGGGCUGUCCCCAGAUGGUCACGAACUGCCCUUCCUCUUUGAGCAAGCUCACGCUCUGCUGCUGCGCGGCCGGCCACCCCCGCCCGACGACACGCUGCGCGCCUUGGCGGCGCUGCGGCUGCAGAGCCUGCACCGGGACUUCUCCCCGCGGGCGCCUCUGCCGCGCCUGGAUCGCUUGCUCCCCACCCCGGCCCGGCCGCGUGAAGAUCCUCCCCGCCCGCUGCCCAGGCCUCCCCACUCCGCCGCCCUGCUGGCCGGGGCGAUCUGGAGCCCGAGCCUGGCCAAGAGGCGGGCGGAGCGGGCCCGGCACGGCGGGGCCGGCCGCACCGCGGGAAGCGUGGCCCGCGAGGGAGGAGGUGGCGCCGGCAGGGCGGCUGCUGUGCUGGGAGGCUGGAAGCGGCUACGGGGCAUGGGCCGAGCUGAGGCCAUGGCUGCCUACCUGGCUCUGGCGGCGCAGUGUCCAGGGUUCGGCGCUGCUCGGUAUGACGUUCUGGAGCUGAGCACGGAGCCUGGUGGGGGCGCUCCACAGAAGCUAUGCCUGGGCCUGGGAGCCAAGGCCAUGUCCCUCUCGCGGCCCGGUGAGACAGAGCCCAUCCACAGCGUCAGCUAUGGCCGUGUGGCCGCCUGCCAGCUAAUGGGCCCCCACACCCUGGCCUUGAGUGUGGGAGAGAGCCAGCUCCUCCUGCAGAGUCCCCAGGUGGAAGAGAUCGUGCAGCUGGUGAAUGCCUACUUGGCCAACCCCUCCCCCGAGAGGCCCAGCAGCAGCCCUCCUCCAUGCCAAGACCUGCCAGACACCUCCCCUCCCAGCCAGCACCCGGGCCUGGACGAGCCCCAGGGACAGUCUGGCUGUUUGGGGCAGCUGCAGGACUGAGCUUGCCAAGAGGUCACGACCUCCCUCUUGCCUCCAGCCUGGAUCUGGACUACUCUGAGAUUUCAGGGAACCAUGGACCCUUUUGGCCCUGCAGGGACAGGGCAUACCCCACAUGCAAGGGCUGCAAUGGGUGCAGACAAUUUUCUAGUUUGUUUCUUAAUUUAUUUGUAGAAGACAAGCAAAAAAAAAAAAAAAAAAAAUCCUUA